GAAAUUGAAGUGAUGAACUAACGUUGUUUGUUGGUGUUGAGUACAGACACCUCUGACUAAGAUGUCUUUACUGUCGCAAAUUGGAUUUGCACAAUUCACUCCACCACCUUCUACUUCCUACACACGUUUGCACCACAAACCUUGUUCUUCUUCAAUGUCUUCUUCUUCUUGGACACCAUUGGAGGAUAGUGGUAAUAAAAAAUCAAAGAAAGUAUGGAUAUGGACAAAGAACAAGCAGGUUAUGACUGCAGCUGUUGAAAGAGGAUGGAAUACUUUCAUUUUCCCAUCUAACCUUCCUCAUCUUGCCAAUGAUUGGUCAUCCAUUGCAGUCAUCUGUCCUCUUUUUGCUAGUGAGAAGGAGAUUUUGGAUGCACAAAAUAAAAAGGUAGCAACAAUUUUCGACGUUUCGACACCGGAGGAACUAGAACGACUUAGACCUGAGGAUGAGCAAGCAGAAAACAUUGUAGUUAAUUUACUAGAUUGGCAGGUAAUUCCUGCAGAAAAUAUAAUUGCUGCAUUCCAAAACAGCCAAAAGACUGUGUUUGCCAUCUCUGAUAAUGCAUCCGAAGCUCAGACAUUUCUUGAGGCACUUGAGCAUGGUUUAGAUGGCAUAGUUUUGAAAGUAGAAGAUGUUGAGCCUAUGCUUGAGCUAAAGGAAUAUUUCGACCGAAGAACAGAAGAAAGCAAUGUAUUGAACUUGACCAAAGCCACUGUGACACAAAUUCAAGUGGCUGGAAUGGGGGAUCGUGUUUGUGUCGAUCUCUGCAGUCUUAUGAGACCUGGUGAAGGACUUCUCGUUGGAUCCUUUGCUAGAGGAUUAUUUCUUGUUCAUUCGGAAUGCUUGGAGUCAAAUUACAUUGCAAGCAGACCUUUUCGGGUGAAUGCGGGACCAGUUCACGCCUACAUUGCUGUUCCAGGCGGUAGAACAUCCUACCUGUCAGAAUUAAAAUCAGGAAAAGAAGUGAUUGUGGUCGAUCAACAGGGUCGGCAAAGAAUUGCAAUUGUUGGCCGUGUAAAGAUCGAAAGUAGACCACUAAUCCUUGUAGAGGCAAAGACAGACUCAGACAAUCAAACAAUCAGCAUACUUUUGCAGAAUGCAGAAACAGUUGCUUUAGUUUGUCCCGUACAAGGAAAUAAACUGUUAAAAACGGCUUUUCCAGUGACAUCACUGAAAGUUGGAGAUGAAGUUCUAUUGAGAGUACAAGGAGGGGCUCGACAUACUGGAAUAGAGAUUCAAGAAUUUAUAGUUGAGAAAUGAAAAAGUAGUAAUAAAUAAUAAUGUAUAUUCAAAUUGUAAUUUUCAUUCAAUCUUUUGUGUACUGAUCUUCUCCUUUGCAACUUUGAUGCUAGAGUGGUUUACGAGUUUUUCGCUAAAGGAAAGGAGCAGCUUAUAUUUGUGUA